AAUCUGGGACACUGCUGGGCAAGAACGCUUCAGAACUAUUUACUAGCGGCUACUAUCGAGGGGCUCACGGGAUCAUUAUUGUCUAUGACAUGACAGACCAGGACAGCUUCAACAAUGUGAAGCAGUGGUUGAACGAGAUUGAUCGCUAUGCUAGUGAGAAUGUUAACAAGCUUCUUGUAGGGAACAAAUCUGAUCUCACUGACAAAAGAGUUGUAUCAUAUGAGACAGUGAAGGCAUUUGCUGAUGAGAUUGGCAUCCCAUUCAUGGAGACCAGUGCAAAGAAUACCUUGAACGUUGAGCAGGCUUUCAUGGCUAUGUCUGCUUCAAUCAAGGACAGGAUGGCGAGCCAGCCGGCUGCAAACAGCGCUCGCCCAGCGACGGUGCAGAUACGCGGGCAACCUGUCGAACAGAAGACGAGCUGCUGCUCUUCUUGAAAUGCAGGCAGCCGUCAUCCGUGUUACCCAAAUGGAGACGCAAACUUGGCCGCGCCAUCCUUGAGUCCAUGCUUCUACAUAGGCCUACUACAUCUUACACCUUCAUUCCAUUCUUUCUAGUGUACUUAUUAGCUCUUGAAUCGUUGGACUUGUAACACCGGACGGAGUUUGGAGACAGUAUCUUCUUCUAGUUGUGUAUCUUGAAUGGUUAUAUGUUACGAUUUGCAGCUGUUGCUUUUCUUCCCUAAAUUUAAGGCGAUUUCUACUUUUACUUGA